AUGGCGCUCAACAUGGACGAUCUGAUCGGCUCCAUGCAGCAUGGCUUCCACGCCGGCGAUCGGGGCAACGACAUCAACGAGAUCCGCGAAUCGCUCAAGCUGUCGCUCGGCCAGCAGCAUCCGCAGCCAGCCGCCGGUCCGUCGAAUCCAGCCCAUCCAUACAACUUUGCUCGACGACAUCCAGCCAGUUCGGCCUCGCCCUCCAAUCCGGCCCUCGCACCACCACCAAGCUCACUCGACGCAGACGUUGCCAUGCUCUCGUCUUCCAGCAACUACUCGCAUCACCCCGCCACCUCCUCCGGCAUGGGCGGCUAUGGGCAGCCAACGUACUUUGGAGGGCCCGGUUCGUGGGGUUCCCAAUCGAGCGUCGCUAGCAGCAGCAGCAACUUCGGUGCGCCCGGCACAGGGUGGGGCUACGCGCCGGCGCCAGCCAACACCCCACAGCAGACACCGGUUGAGACUUCGGCGCUCGCACGUCAGCUUCAGGCCGAGCUCGAACGGCAAAAUGCCCACGCCACUUCGCCGCCGACACAGCAAUCGUCCAACGCAUACCCAAUACAUUCGACAGCAGCAACCGCGUCGCUUUCGCCACAACUCGGCGCGAAUCCGGCCUUGUCUCCGCCACAGUCUCCGCCGCAACAGCAUCCGCACGCGGGGGCGGCGCAGCAACAAGGCGCACCCAGAAGCUACGUCAACGGCUUCCACACACACCCCGAUGCAGACGGCUCGCCCAGAACACCCACGGCUGCAUCGGCACAGCCUGGCAUGCGCGCAGGCUCGUUCAGCCCAUAG